CCGAAGAUAAUCGUACUUUCAUGCGAAUUGUGUAAAUCCCGGACGGAAUCGCUGGUGUGAGGGCGAUAGUUGAGGAAACACACUGUCCACCGUCGGAGGAAGGGGCUAGGUAUGGCCCGUGACUCGCGGAAUUAUCGAAUAAACAACGCCCCGUGUAAAGACGGCCAAUGCGCCGCAAAACUGUCGACGAGUCCACCGAACAACAGAUCGAGCGACGUGUAGGGAGUGGAUGAUUUUAGUGUAGUUUUGAAGCGCAAAAAGGGGAAAAUCACAAAUAGAAAAGUAACACGCACGAACUAGUGCACGCACAACAAACUAGGGAGGACUCAAGCAGUUGUAAAUGGGCCAGCAGAAGUGGUACGGUACAUGCUUCCUUACGCCAAACUCAAAAAUCGACAAAGUAAACGAGCUCUAAACAUGGAUCGCGUGAAAGUAUGUGAUCAGAUUUUGCUGCAAAAGUUGCACCUGCUAAGCAAUGAGGUGCUGCGGACGAACCGUGGCAUCACCGAGCGGGACAUGGAGGAAGCGUUCAAGCAGUCGAUCGGCUACCGGGCGCCACGCUUCUUCCCACAGAACGACGGCAUACUGGCGAUCGUCUACAGUGCCAUAUUCGUGGUCGUGCUGUUCAUCAUUACACCGUUCCUGGCGGGGUUCCUCGAGCUGGUGCUCGGGAUGCGCUGCAUCGUGCCAAACAACUAUCUGAUCUGGGAGGCGACGCGACCGGUCUCGAACUGUGACUUUUGCCGCGGGGUCGACCGACCGAUCAUACUACAGAAUCUGACACGCGACGAGUUCCAACCGUACGCGUACUCGUCCCGGCCGAUCAUCAUCAAGCGGGCGGUAUCGCACUGGCCGGCCGUGCGGCUGCUCAACUACACCUUCCUGAAGGACCUCUACCUGAAGCACCCGACGGCACUGGACAGCCUGCACGAGGACUGCCAGUUUUUGCACUUUAAAUCGAACUUCCAAACGCUACGCGACGUCUUCCGGAUGUCGGACGAUCGGGCCGAGUUUCGGGCGGGCCAGCAACCGUGGUACGUCGGCUGGAGCAACUGCAACCCGGCCGUGCUCGGUGAGCUGCGGAAGUUGUACCCGAAACCACACUUCCUGCCCGAUGACGCCGAAAUGCCCAAUACAGAUUUUGUGUUUCUCGGCUACGAGCAGGGAGCCGUUAUGCACAUCGACUACAUCCCCCGGUUGAUGUGGCAGGCGCAGCUGCGAGGCAACAAGAGCUGGAUCCUGGCGCCAACGCCUGAGUGCGAUGCGGAGUGUCGCAGCUUCAGCUUUUACGUCGAACCGGGUGACGCGCUGCUCGUUGACACCCGGCUCUGGUACCACGGUACCUUCAUCCACUCGAAGGGCGAGUUUUCCCUUACCAUACAGUCGGAGUACGGGUAGAGAAGUGGGUGGGUCCUGUCCGAGUAGAGCGAGAGAGAUUUACUCCAAAACAUCAAGCAAGCCAAUUUAGUCGAUAACGAGUCUUCGUGAUUGCCCGAUCGUACAACGAUCGGACAAACCAAUCAAAGGAUCGACUGCGAAAAGUCAAGUCAAGUCAAGUCAAGUAGUUCAAUCGUCCUUCCGUAGGUGAAAUUUCAUGUCGUGUUCGUCGCGCCCUGUGUAAGAUAGCUUUACGAGCCUCCUUCAUCCUUCCUACCUUUUUUUUUCGUCUAAUUUCUCCUCUACGCCGCGAGUGCGUCUUACCGCACGAGUCACGCGGAUGCGGUUCGUGUGAGUGUGCAAAUGUUUUUCUGUGUGCGUUUUUUUUUAAUAUUCAAUUUUAGUGCCAUUUUUCUUUUAAAUAUUUAUUGUACAACGUAGUUUCAUUUCUCGUAUCUCGUUUGAUAUUAGCAAUCGUAGGGUUGCGCGGUGUUUUUUGUUUGCGUUCAUAACUAGUGAGUGUGCAUGCUAGCUUUUGUGUUUUCCCCGUACAUCAUAAGUGACCCAUUUCCCUGUGCGCGGUGCCCUUUUCCGUUUGCGCUUGUAAAUAAUAACGGGAAAGGGAAAUCAAGUGGAUCGAAACCAGUGGAGCAGAGAGAUAUUUACAAAGCAGCAAACCAAAUGCGUUUCGGGAGCAAUAAAUCUGGACUGAAUACUAAUUA